UUUCCUGAGGUGAGUGUUGGAGUUUGUCGCCCAGGAGUCCUUGCUAGGCUCAGGCACUUCACCUGUAGAGAAAGCAGGCGGCUUCGUCCCUGAUGCCUCAGUAGAGGGAGACAGGACGGCCCCUCCAGGUCCCGGCAGAGGAGGCUGCUCGCGGCCCGUCCCGGUCUCCAUCUGAUGCCUUCGGUACCCCUCGCCCGCGUCGGCGCCUUGGGAAAUCCUUUGCCUGCUAGAGGGAGCCCAGGUCAUGGCAGCCAUGCCUCUGAAAGCUCGACACCAGGACUUUCCCUCAAGCCCCUACCUGUCCCCUCUGCCCCACACUCUGGCCCGGAGCCAGAGGAUUGGCUCCGUGGCAGCAGGAACCUGUUGUUUUAGGAGAUGGUGACCUUCGAGGAUGUGGCUGUGCACUUCACCAAGACAGAAUGGACUGGCCUUUCCCCUGCCCAGAGGGCCCUGUACAGAAGUGUGAUGUUGGAGAAUUUUGGGAACCUGACUGCUUUGGGGUACCCAGUUCCCAAACCUGCACUGAUCUCACUUCUGGAGGGAGGGGAUAUGGCUUGGGGCCUGGAAGCACAGGAUGAUCCCCUGGCAGAGAGGACCAAAAACAUCUGUAAAGAUGUUGAGACCAACAUUGACAGUGAGUCCACAUUAAUCCAGGGAAUUUCUGAAGAAAGAGAUGGGAUGAUGUCACAUGGUCAGCUGAAGAGUGUCCCUCAGAGAACUGACUUCCCAGAAACAUGUAAUCUGGAAAAGCACCAGAACAUCCCCACAGUGAAAAAUACCCAAGGAAAGGUUCCAAGAAUCCCCUGUGCAAGGAAACCUUUCAUAUGUGAGGAGUGUGGGAAAUCCUUCAGCUACUUUUCUUACUAUGCUAGACACCAGAGAAUCCACACUGGGGAGAAACCUUUUGAGUGUAGUGAGUGUGGAAAAGCCUUUAAUGGCAAUUCUUCAUUAAUUCGGCACCAGAGGAUUCACACUGGAGAGAAACCCUAUCAGUGUGAGGAGUGUGGGCGAGCCUUUAAUGAUAAUGCAAAUCUGAUCAGGCAUCAGAGAAUCCACAGUGGAGACAGACCCUAUUACUGUACGGAGUGUGGAAAUAGUUUCACCAGUAGUUCCGAGUUUGUUGUACAUCAGAGAAUCCACACUGGGGAGAAACCCUAUGAGUGUAGUGAGUGUGGCAAAGCUUUUGUUGGUAAUUCACCCCUACUUCGGCAUCAGAAAAUCCACACUGGAGAGAAACCCUAUGAGUGUAAUGAGUGUGGCAAAAGCUUUGGAAGGGCUUCCCAUCUAAGCCAACAUCAGCGUAUUCACACAGGGGAAAAGCCUUAUUCUUGUAAAGUAUGUGGACAAGCCUUCAAUUUUCAUACAAAACUAACUCGACACCAGAGAAUUCACAGUGAGGAGAAACCCUUUGACUGUGUAGAUUGUGGAAAAGCCUUCAGUGCUCAGGAACAAUUAAAAAGGCAUCUGAGAAUUCAUACUCAGGAGUCUUCCUAUGUAUGUGAUGAGUGUGGAAAAGGCUUCACUAGCAAAAGAAAUCUUCAUCAGCAUCAAAGAAUCCAUACUGGAGAGAAACCCUAUGAGUGUAGUAAGUAUGAGAAGGCCUUUGGGACUUCUUCCCAGCUAGGUCUCCUUGAGCAUGUCCACUCUGGAGAGAAGCCUGUGCUGGACAUUUGUCAUUUUGGCCUCCCAGAAUUUUUUACCCCCUUUUACUGGUAAUAGUACACUCCAGUGAAAUGUACUGAGUGGAUUCCAUCUUCUACUCAGGAACGGAAUGUGUGACACAGGCCUGACUCAGCCUCUGAUCCAUCCCUCAAGCCACAGUUACUGAUUCAGAUGUCAGUAGAUGGUCCAGUUAGAGUCCCAGGACUGCAAGAGCUAAUAGGAAGAAAUACUCUCCGUGCCCCACCACCCUCAUUGGUUUUAACGCUGAGAAGAACUCCUAGACUCUCAUAGAGGCUGAGAAUGAAGUCCUCACAGCAAAAAAGGCAUCUGAGAAUUGGAGAGCAGUCAAAGACUGAAGAUAAUGUUUGAACAGCCACAUUAAACCAUGCCUGAAACUAAAAAUACAUAUGGGGUUUUGAAUUGCAGCAGCCAAUAAAUUCCAUUUUCGUUUGUUUGGUUUUGGCUUUGGCA